GUAAAUGGCGUAUUAAAAGCAAGCUCGUGUGCGGAGCUCGGAGUAGCAAAAUGGCUGCCGACAGCGGCCAAGAGCCUGCCACAGCCCUCAACAUUAGCCAAUCUGUCUUGCAAUACUUCUGGGACCUCGCUUCUUAUGAUGAGGAGGUGCGGUUGACCGCGGCUCGUGGCCUUGUGGCCGACGUGAUCGCCGACCAGGCAAAGCACAAUGCCAGCCUGGGCAAGGACAAUGAUGCGGCGCCUGAGGAGGGGGCGCCCAAGCAGAAGCAGCUGGAAUACCACCUGCGGCGCUGCUCUCCAACGAUGGUCUACACGCUGCGCCGUCUGGCCCGCGGUCUGGCUUCCUCGCGCCAGGCUGCCCGCCAGGGCUACGCCACCGCACUGGCAGGGCUGCUGGCGCCGUCGGCGAAGACGCACGUGACCCCUGCCGGCGUCAUGGUGCUGCUGGAGGUGUGUGUGGACGGCCCGGUCAAGGGCGGCGACGCCAAGGACACGCUGCUGGCGCGGCUGUUCGGCUACGGCGCCCUGCUGCGCAGCGGUCUGCCACUGGAGGCGCACAUGCUCGCGGCGCUCUUCAACGGCCUGCUGGAGGUGGGCGCGCGCAAGAGCUUCCUGCGCGAGGCGGCGGCGUCCGUGGCGCUGGAGGCGGCGGCGCGCAUGGACAAGGCCGGCGUGGCGGCGGUGGCGGCGCCGGCGGGGCCUCUGGCGGCGAUGCUGUCCGCGCCGCCGGCGGAGGCGACGCCGGAGGCGCUGCUGCUGGCACUGGUGCUCUGGCCCAAGCUGCCGCCGGCUGCGGUCAAGGCCUGUAAGCUGCUGCCGGCCGGCACGCCGCCGCCGCCGAGCGAGGUCUUCUCCAGCGCCGGCGGCGCGCCACCGGCUGCCGGUGCGGUAGCGACGGCGGCCGCCGCCACCGCCGCGGGCCUGUUCAGCAAGGAGCACAUCAAGGUGCUGCAGCCGGUGCUGCUGGCCACGUCGGCCUCGCACCCGCGCCUACACACGCUGUGGCACUACCUGCUGCCGCUGCUGCUGCCCGGCUUCCGGCCCUACCGCGCCACCGGCGGCGCUGCCGCCGCUGGCCACGACCUCGACGUCGGCGCAGCCGCCGCCGCCGCGGCGGCGGCCGCCGACAAGAAGGGCGCCGCCAAGGGCGCGGUGUCGGGCCCGCUUCUGGAGUCGUUUUGGAGCUGUGUGGUGGAGGGCGGGCUGAUGGACAGCUCGCACGAGCGGCGCUACCUGGGCUUCCAGCUGUUUGCGCGCUGCCUGCCGCACCUGCGGCCCGAGCACGUGGCCACGGUGUUCAGCCCCGCGCUGACGCGCACGCUGACCAACGCCGUCAAGCGGCGGGACAGCUAUCUCCACGCCAGCGCUAGGAAGCUGCUGGACGGCAUCGCUGGCUUCCUGGAGCGCUCGGACGUGGGCGGCGGCGUGGACGGCGGCGUGAAGAUGGCUGUGGCGGCGGCGCUGCAGAGGCUGGGCGGCAUGGCGCCCAAGGAGCUGGCGGCGGGCAAGCUGACGCAGAAGCUGGUGCAGGGCAUGGACGCGGACGGCGUUCACCGCUACGUCUCCUCCCUGAUGUCCGCCUUCCUGGCCGCCGCGCCGCCGCUGCAGCCCGGCGCCGCCGACAAGGCGAACGGCCACGCCGCCGCGCCCUCGGCCGCGGCGCCGGCGGAGGGCGAGGAGGACGCGGAGCAGGCGGCUGCGGACCGGCGCGGGCAGUGCGUGGAGCAGCUGCUGGCGACGCUGCGCUUCCCGGCUGCGGCGGAGGUGGACGCGGCGGCGGCGCUUCGCUUCAUGGCGCUGCACGCGUUCGCGGCGGUGGAGCAGCCUGCCAAGGCGGCGAAGUCCAAGGUGGCCGAGGUGGCUGCGGCCGGCGGCUCCAGCCCGUUGGCGGCGCAGCCACUCACGCCCGCCACCCGCGGGGUGUGCGCCUCGCGCCUGGUCACCCUGCUGGCCCACCUCAGCCACACCGCCCAGGCCGCAGUGCGUGCCGCGCAGCAGCAGCAGGGCCGGAAGGCCGGCGCCGGCGAAGCCGCCGCCGGCCCCGAUGCCGCCGCCGACGCUGCCGCGCCGUCCGCGAAGAAGCGGAAGACGGCCAGCGGCGCAGCCGCUGACGCCGGCGGCGCAGCCGCCGCCGCCGGCGGAGCCGCCGCCGCCCCGGGCGCGGUGCACGCGCACCUACACUCCACGUUGGCGUUCCUUCGCGACAAGGCGCUCAAGGCGCCGGGUGUGGCGCUGGCGAAGGAGCUUGGCGAGGAGGGCGAGAGCGCGCUGGGGCUGCUGGCGGCCAUUGAGGCGGCGGCGCUGGAGAAGCUGGCGCCGCUGGAUGCGGCGGGCAAGGGAGCGGAGGAGGAGGGCGCGGGCAAGGUGGCGGGCGCGGGCCGGCUGCGGUCGCUGGCGGCGCUGUGUGCGCACCUGCAGCUCAGCCUCCUGGCGGACCCGGAGGGCUUUGAGAUGGACCUGCCGCUCAGCUUGCGGCGUGUGGCGGCGGAGGGGCUGGGCCUGGAGGGCCUGCCCGAGGUGGAGGAGGAGGAGCGCGGCGAGGGCGAGGGCGAGGAGGGCGGCAAGGCGGCGGCGGCGGCGGCGUCCUGGUGCGAUGUGCUGGUGGAUGUGCUGCUGGCGCUCAUGGCGCGGCCGCAGGGCACCGGGCCCGGCUCGCUGCCGUCGGCGCCGCUGCGCGAGGCGGCGGAGGCGCUGUGGCGCGGCUGCUGCGACGGCCUGCGCGCCGAGGGCCUCCAGGACAUUGUGCGCGUGGUGGCGGCGGGCGGCAAGGGCGAGGGCCAGGACGCGGCCGGUCUGUACGAGAGCGAUGACGAGGAGGAGGAGGAGGACGAGGAGGAGGUGGAGGAGGACGAGGCUGGCAGCGAGGAGGACGACGAGGAAGAGGAGGAGGAGGGUGGCGAGGAGGGCGAGCAGGCGGACAAGAACGCUGCCAAACGCAAGGCGGGCAACGCCGAUAAGAAGGCUAGCGGCAAGGGCGAGGAUGAAGAUGACGAGGAGGAGGAGGAGGACGAGGGCAUGGAUGAUGAGGCCAUGUUCCGCAUGGACGACAAGUUGGCGGCCUACUUCAAGUCCAUGGCGGCGGGGCGCGCCGGCGGCCAGGCGGCGGCGGAGCGCGCGGCGGCGCUCCUCAACUUCCGGCUGCGGGCCCUGGCGCUGUUGGAGGUGUUCGCCAAGAAGAGCCCCAACAGCCCUCUGCUGCUGGCGGCGCUGGUGCCGCUGGUGCGCGCGCUGGCCACGGCGGCGCGGCCGGGUGGUCAGCCGCAGGUGGCGGACCGGCUUAAGGGCGUCAUCGUCAACAAGCUCAGCAAGUGCAGGUGUGCCGCCGACGUGGAUGUGUUGGGCGGCCUGGAGGGCUACGGCGGCGCGCUGAAGAGGCUGCUGUACGAGGCCAGCCGCAACAAGGACCGCGUCACGGCCGCGGCGGCGCUGGCGGGGUACACGGCGCUGCUGCGCGCCGGCGGCGCGGCGGAGGACACGCAGGUGGCGGACGCGGCGCGCGCCUCGUUCCGUGCCGCGCUGGGCGACCUGCUCACCAGCAAGAAGAGCCGCCUGCAGCCCGACGGCCUGGCCGCCGUCUUCCGCGCCGCGCCCGGCGCCUGCCUGCCCGCCGGCCUGGAGCUCCUGCUGGCGCACGUGUCCGGAGCCGACAAGGCGCGCAACGCCCACGCCCGCGUCGCGGCGGCGGAGCUGCUGUCGCGCGUGCUGCGCGCGCCGCCGGAAGGCCUGGCGGCGGCGCUCACCGCCGGCGGGGCCACAGGCCUGGGCGGCGCCUUCGGCGCCGCGCUGGCGGCUUGCGCCGCCGGCGUGGGGCUGAAGCGGGAGCACCACGGCCGCGCGGCGGGCGCCGCCGCGGCCGCGGCGGAGGCGCUGAAGCGGCUGCUGCCGGCGGGCAAGCGCGCAGCGGAGGUGCUGGGUGCGGACAAGCUGAACGCGAUUGCCAAGGCGGUGGUGACGGUGCAGAGCCUGGCGGCGCCGCCCAAGGUCUCCAAGCCGCUGAAGCGUCUGGCGGAGGCGCUGGCGCUGGGGCCGCUGCUGGAGAAGACGCAGCCGGACCCGGCGCUGGCUAGCCGCAUCACCAAGGCGCGGCCGGACAAGCAGGCAGCGCCGGCGGCGCAGGCGCAGAAGGGCAAGGAGAAGGGCAAGGGGAAGGAGGAGAAGGCGGCGCCGGCGGCUGGCGGGAAGAAGGGCCAGCAGCAGGAGGCCAAGAAGCGGAAACCGGAGGACGACGAGGAGGAGGAGGGCGAUGACGACGAUGACGAGGAGGAGGGUGGCGUUUCGAGCGACGGUGAUGACGAGGAGGAGAUGCGCAUGUCGGAUGAGGGUGACGAGGAGGAGGAGGAGGAGGAGGAGGAGGAGGAGGACGGGCCUAGCGGCUCUGGCGCGAGCGAUGACGAUGACGAGGAGGAGAAGCCCAAGCGGGGGAAGGGCGGAGCGUCGCGGGGCGGCAAGUUUGGCGGCGGUGGCAGGGGCAGGGGCAGGGGCGGCAGGUUUGGCGGCGCCGGCGGCGGCAGGGGGCAAGGGCGGUCAGGGGGGAAGCCGGGCGGCAGGGGCGGGAAAGCGGGGGGCAGUCCUGCCAAGAAGGCCCGCCGGUAGUUUGGUGAUGGAGCAAUACGGUAGUGAGGCGAGAAGAACAGUUUCGUAAAUGAGUGUAGGGUAGAUGUAUGGAUGGGAUUGGAGCAGGAUGGAGGGAGGACUGCGUAGAGCAUACCACUUAUUUGUGUGUUGUGCAAGACAUGUUUUGUGUGCAAGCGGCACGGGUUUGCCUGCUUUUAUCUGUAUCAUUGGGAAUGCUGGGCCACACGGCUACUCCUGCAGUCGGCCUAGCGCCGCAGCACUGCGCGGUGACAGAACGCGUGCGGCUCAUAGCAAGGCGUUGUAACUAGAUC